AAACAGAACUUGGCUCUCUACAACUUAAUGAGAAGUAAAAAGAAAAGUCAUAUUAGAAAAAGGAAAUGAAUAGACGUUAUUUUGCAUAGAGUCUGCACUAAGUUAAAAGCUAAACCAGAAGGAAGUUACCACCACUAUCCUAGAUGGGAGUACUUCAGUGACAUGUGCUUGCUUUUGAGAAAAUCAGAACUCUUCAGAUUAGUACUAGGAAUAAUUACCAUGUUUAUUUUAUGUUUACCUGAAUUUUUCAGAGUCCACGAAGCUAACACUGUAAUUGUGUCAUGCGUGGAUACCUGUUCAUCAAGUAAUACCACUUUUCCACUUUGUACUUUUAACAAUUCUUGCAAAAGAUCACUGCAACGAAGAAGAGAAAACCAGACUAUUUUACUGAAGGCCAUUGUAAACCAUUCCAAUUUCCAAAAUAUUCCAUGUAUUUGUCAGUUCUCCAGGAGGGAACAACAGUCCCAUACUAAACACACAGAGUGUGAAUCCAAGAGAGACGUGAAUGUUGAUCAUCAAGGACCAGGGUCAGUAGCUAAAAAAAUUCCAAAAGCAAAAGGCUCACUUGAAGUGAAAACAAAAGAUAUUAUUUAUUUUUGUAAAUAUUUUAAUUUCACUACAGUUUCUGAGAAUGAAGAAGUAGAGCAUAAUACUGACUACCUGCUGGAAAUCCACAUCAACAACUCUAUACUCAGAAGAAGAAAUGCAGCCGAAGAAUACCUAAAUCAUUCCUGUCUAGUGGCAAUGAUGGAAGACCAAAGUGACUGUAUAAAUAUUUCACUGCAACUGAAGUCUUACGUGGAAUAUCCAAUGUGUAUGACGAAGAUCAUUUGGGUCACUAUGAUUCUAGUAGUUUUUGUGUUCACUAUUUCAACUGUCAUCUACAAAAUAGUUCAAGACAAUGAACAAAACUAUUUUAAACACAGAGUAGCGGCAGUUUCUACUAUUCUAAGAAGAAAGAGUUCUAGACAUGCAAGAAGAACCAUACCUGCUACUAAAAUUCAUCCUUUUCCUGUGCAAGCCAGCAAACAACAGGUCCCACUUACUGCACAGACCACAAAGAUACUGCCCAUAAUUCCUGAACACGAGCAUUGUCAUGUGGGUGCAACUGUAGAAGGUGGAGUAGUUCAUGAAGAGAUGCCCGGGAGCUAA